AUGGAUCAUCUUGGAUGUUACAAUGUAACUAUGCUUAAUCCCAAUCGAAUAUGGCAAACUGGUAAUGUUCUAAAAUCGGAGCUGCCUAUUAUCGCCAUUCAACUUACCUGGGGUGCAAUGAUGUCUCGUCUUUUCUUCUUUGCCUAUAAACCCCUUCACCAACCUCGUCUCAUAGCACAGAUCUCUGUGGGUAUCCUACUAACUUACCCUUUCUUAGGGAAGUUUCAAUCUAUUUACGGGUUCAUUUAUCCGGUAGAAGGUGUCCUAAACAUUGAAGUGUUGGCACACUUUGGUCUAGUAUUUUAUGCCUUUCUCACUGGUUUAGAAAUGAAUUUGGACACCAUUCUUCACGCGAAAAAAAAGGCGGUGAGCAUAGCCGCUGCUGGGAUCAUCUUCCCCAUGGUUGUUGCACCCGGCCUCUAUUAUCUACAUCGAAUACUCUAUAAAUCUGACCCUCAUGAACGCUUGACCAUAAUGGAGGAAAGUUCAAUAAGCGGUUAUUUGAUCUGGACUCUAGUUCUCACCGUGACAGGUUUCCCGGUGGUGGCUCACACGCUUUCCGAGCUCAAGCUCUUAUACACCGGUCUCGGUAAAAACGCUAUAACCGCCGCCAUGAUCAGCGAUACCUACAGCUGGAUUCUGUUCAUGUUGUUGAUUCCGUUCUCGACCAUUGGUGAGAAGGCAGUGUACUCUGUCGCGAGCACCGUAGUCUUCGUUUUUGUAUGUAUCUUUUUGGUACGUCCGAUCCUUGUGCGGAUUAUUGAUCGCAAGACGGAGAAUGGCGAGUGGGAUGAUGAGGAAUUGUUGUAUGUGGUGAUGGGGGUUUUGGUUUGUUCAUUAAUUACAGACGUUCUGGGAACACAUUCCAUUGUUGGGGCUUUUGUGUACGGACUGAUUUUACCUCAUGGGAGGUUCGCUGACCAUGUGAUUUCGGUUUCAGAUGAUUUUGCCGGUGGAUUUUUUGUGCCUCUCUACUUCAAUGGAAGCGGAAUGCGACUUUUGUUCACAUCCAUGUUCCUCCAGGUGCAUUGGCCCUUUACAGGGUUGAUUGUGCUCUUGUUGUGUACCCUCAAGAUUGUAAGCACUUUGUUUACAACUUUCUUCUUUGGCAUGCGCAUUCAAGAUGGUUUGUCCUUAGGCUUGAUUCUCAAUUCUAAAGGUGCCAUGGCAUUGAUCAUGCUCGCCAUGGCUUGGGACAGGCAGAUUUUUUUGAUACCGACCUAUGCUGUGGCUGCUUCAGCUGCUGUUCUAAUGACCAUGGUAGUUGCGCCCAUCAUCAAUAUCGUCUACAAGCCAAGAAAGAGAUUUGAGCAGAACAAGCUAAAGACUAUACAAAAGCUAAGAGUUGAUGCAGAGCUUCGAAUCCUAGCAUGUGUCCACAACAAUCGCCAUGCUACAGGUAUGAUAAGCCUCAUCGAAUCCUUCAAUGCCACGAGACUCUCCCCGAUGCACGUCUUCGCUCUUUUCCUCGUUGAACUUACCGGACGCGGAGCUGCCCUUGUUGCCGCCCACAUGGCGCAACCUAUCAGCCAGGUCGGAGAACAAAACCUGACCAAAUCUCAAGCAGAGUUUGAAAGCAUCAACCACACCUUCCAAUCAUUAGCUGAGGCCUACGAUGCUGUGAGAGUCCAAGCCCUGAACGUGGUGUCAGCCUACGCAACCAUUCACGAGGACAUAUACAAUGCAGCCAAUGAGAAACGUACGAGCUUAAUUCUCCUUCCGUUCCACAAACACUUAACCUCAGAAGCGUCGCUUGAAACCACAAGUGUCGCGUACAAAGACAUAAAUCAAAACGUGAUACAAGGUGCGCCUUGUUCCGUUGGAAUCUUCGUGGAUCGAGACUUCGGGUUGUUGCCCAAAACCGACAUCCGUAUUCUCAUGUUGUUUGUUGGAGGGCCGGACGACCGUGAAGCGUUGGCCGUUGCAUGGAGGAUGGCCGGGCAUCCGGGAAUCCAACUAUCAGUUGUUCGAGUUCUCUUGUUCGAUGAUGCCGCAGAGGUGGAUACUACACAUCACGGUGAAGCGCAGGGAAUACUGAAUGCUGUAAUGGAUAGUGAGAAGCAAAAGGAGUUGGAUGACGAGUACGUGAGUGCGUUUCGGCUCACCGCGGUGAACAAUGACGACUCUAUCUCGUACUCGGAGGUUGAUGUCCAUAAUGGUGAGGAAAUACCUAUGGUACUAAAUAAGCUGGACAAGCUUGCUUGUGACUUGUACAUAGUGGGACAAGGUAAUUGUAGGAGUUCUCGUGUUUUUUCAAGUUUGUUGGAAUGGUGUGAUUGCUUUGAGCUUGGAGUGAUUGGGGAUAUUUUGGCGUCUAACAAUUUUGGGUCGAGGGCUUCUGUGCUGGUUGUGCAACAAUAUGGGUAUGGAGGAAUGGUUUUGGGAAAGAAUUUAAAACAUGCGACUGCUAAUAUUGAUGGCUUUGAGACUCUUGUUGUGAAGGCGGAAUGA